AAGCUAUAUCUUGCCCGAAGCAGUUCAGCUUUGCUGUUUCAUCUUGCAAACUAGUGAGGUAUACUUUUGGUGUCUAGUAUCUGUCUCCCGAACUGGUAUACGUCAUACGAUCGCCUGGAGAUCACGAAGCUUGGAACCCUGGAUAUCCACAGGCCCAACUAUUUGCGACCGCAUAGUAUGAGCUCUCUGAACGUUUGAAGGAGCUGGUAUCGGUUGUCUUAAGCAAACCUUUCAUAAGCCUAUCGGGUCUGAGAUCUUUUCGGCACUCAUGUCACAGCCAUGGGAUUACAUCGCUAAACUUGUCUGUAUUGGUGAUUCCGGGACUGGGAAGUCGAGUUUGACCGUUCGGCUUUGUGAAGGACGCUUUUCACCAUCCCAUGACGUUACAAUCGGUGUUGAGUUCGGGUCACGCAUUGUUCCAGUUGGUCCGCCCGCUUCGAGGAGCUUAGGAUUGGAGGCAGACAAGCCUUCCUUUAGCAUUCCACCGUCUACUAGUCCCUCUCCACUGCGUGCCCUACCUGAUACCUCGAAAGACCACACGGUCACCGGCCUCCCAUCCCCACCACAGAAGACGGCGGAACGUCAGAAAAGAAUGAAACUCUCGCUUUGGGAUACGGCUGGCCAAGAGACUUACAAGUCCAUAACUCGCUCCUAUUUUCGAGGUGCUUCUGGAGCUCUCCUGGUCUUCGACAUAACGCGACCUGCCACAUUUGUUUCAUGUACCCAAUGGCUUCAAGACUUGAGGCAGAUUGCUGAAGAAGGGAUCGUGGUCAUUCUUGUUGGCAACAAAAGCGAUCUCGUGGAAGAUGGCUCGGAUCGAGCCCAGGGGCGAAUUACUAGGCAAGAAGCAGAGGAAUGGUGUUACAGGAACAAUGUCGUUGGAUAUGUUGAGACUAGCGCAAAAUCCGGCGACGGCGUUGAACGUGCCUUUCUCGAGACAGCCGAGAGGAUUUACCGCAACAUAGAGGCGGGUAAAUAUGACUUGAACGACCGGAGAAGUGGGGUCAAAGGGUUUGGUGCGACAGGCCAAACAAGCAAUGGGGGCCCAAAAACUGUUGUUACCUUGGGUCUGAACGAUGCAAUGCGUAGGGGUGGGAAUGGCUGGGCUGGGAACUGCUGCUAAAUCAUGGCAGCUUAUGAGAAUGUGCUUUUCCUUUGUUUUACGUAUAUAUCCAUUGACAUAAUACUCUAUGGGCUACCGGGGGUCACAUGGUUUUUCCACACUUUGUUGCUUGGGCCAUUAGUUAGGGUAUACAAAG